AUGACUUUGUUGUUCCAGAGGACUCCAGAACAGCUGACAGGAAAGGACUGCAGACUAUCCCAGGCUGUGCUUGGUUUGGGUGGAGGACUGAUGAUCCGAACUGAGGAUAUUGUUGAGCAGUUAAAGGAGUACUUUGAGGAUUUCCUUAAUCCAUCUACCAUGUACACCUUUGAGGAGGCAGAGUCUGAGGACUUUGGGGAAGAUGGGUUCAUUACCAUGGCAGAGGUCACCGAGAUUCAGAAGAAGCAGUGUGGCUUCCAUCCUGGUUCUGAAAUAGUGGAGCAGAUUGUUACUCUUGCAGAGUUUCUAAGUGGGACAUGGGAGUUUGCUUCUCUGGCUUUCACCAUGCUGAAGUGUCAGAAGAAAGCCUCUUUAAGCGGGAGCACAUUUUUGGACUGUGGUUCCACGGAGGAGCAGGAGCCUCCACCUCCGCUCCGCAGCUACCUGUGGUUGGCCAUGCUGGCGUGUUUUUGUCCUGCAUGUCCUGUCAACAUCGUGGCGCUGGUCUUCUCUGUCAUGUCUAGAAAGAGUUACUACCAAGGUGACUAUGAUGGUUCCAGGCGACUGGGCAGGAACGCCUUCUAUGUCGCUGUUGCUUCAAUCAUCAUCGGCCUCCUCGUCAUCGCCAUCACCUGCAUCGUCCAUUUUACCACAAUGGAAUAAUAACACGGUGGGAAGGAAGACGAGGGGAGAACAAACAUGAAACACUUGGUUUGUACUCUAGACUGCCUCAGUAAUGUUUUUGACCCAAGGGCAGCAGGAGGGUUAACGACAGGCCUUCGCGUCAGCAGAUAAAGAGCUGAGCUGCACCACGAGUCUUCGUUGGACCGCUGAACGCCACAUGGUGAUGUUGAUGAACCUUUGUGUUGUCCUGGAGCAUACUCACCGAGGAUCUACAAACUCCCUCCUGAGAACCAUUUCCAGAACAUUUCAGCGCAGUCUGUCUCCACCUGCCUGCUCUCAGUACUCGGCCUGUAUCUGAAAGAACUUACCUGGAAUAUGAAAACUGUCGCUUUCACAUCUUCACUCCUGGAAUCCUGACUCUCCUUUCAGAACCAACAAACACAAACUAUAUAUAUUUUUUAAAUAAAAUACUUCCCCACCAACUUCUUACCUGGGCAGCUCUAACCAUCUUCUGUUCCCUUCCUGCAGAGGAGUACUUCCCCUCUCCUCAUUUCCCUUCCCCUUCAAAAUAAAAG